CUUAAUAUGAAAAUCUCAUGGCUUAACUUGAGACCAAGUUUAUCUUAAAGUUUUUUUUUAUUUGGAAAGAUGUCCAUCAUUUUGUAAAGAGAAGGAAUCAUUGAUGCAAACUUCUAAAUCAAAAUUGGUAGUAGUCACACAAUGUCCCAAAUCGGUGGAAAUGCAAAUGACAUUCUAUUCUUUAGUAUGAAGGAGAUUGUUUGAUACAUAAGGUAAUACGCAUUCAUGCUCAUUUGCUCGUGAGGAUUGACAUCAUUAUUGAAUAGAGCUUCGUCUUGCAGUGUGCCAACUAAUCCCCAUGAGUGGUCAAUGGGUCAUUGUCGAUGUAUGGACGAUUGGCUUCUUCUUUGAAUUUUCAAAAAACUUAUCGUGGGUUGUCGUUGAAGUUUGGACAAUUGGCUUAUUCUUUGAAUUUUCGACAAACUUCUCGUGAACAUGGCAACUUGUCAUUUCAUUUCUUCAUAUAUGGUUGACCUUCUUUUGGUGUCAUCAAAUUGCUUCUAGAAUGAACUCCGUAACGAGCACAACCUUGGAACUUAUACUCAAAGGUUGACUUUAUCCUUGUGAAUGAGCAACUUUAGAGAAUCCUUGACUUAUCAUGGUUAAAUUGUGACAUGUUUCUAACUGAGAUGAGUGAAUGAUAGUCAUGCUAAAUGAGAUGAAUGUAAGACAGUCAUGUUAAAUGGUACGAUUGUGCGUAUGAAAGAUGAUUUUUUUUUGAGUGGAUGCAUGUGCACUUUGUAAAAAUGUAACAAGAUUACUCUGAAUACAUAAACGAGGAAAUGAUUGUAUCAUGCCUUUAUGCAUAAAAACAUAUCGAGUCUCUCACAAAUAAUUAACACAACACACAUGACCCACGACAUAAGCAAAACACGAAUUGAUCAUAAAAAAACCUUUCACGAUCUUCGCCAUGUCGAGGUAAACCUAGAGCUUUUGGAAACAUUACGUUGUAUUAGGACAUGCUUUGGGAUAAGUUGCGGCUUAGGCAGUUUCUAGGCAAACUAUAUGCUGGAUAGGAACCUUAAGGAAUUAGGCUCCCAAGUUGUACCACACUAUCACCCUUUCGAGCUUUAGCAUGAUACCCCAAAUCAUCCUCGGAUUUGAGUUCAACCUGGUUGGGAAGUUUUCGCAUUUCCCCUACUAUUGUAGGAGUCACACUACUUCCUUCCUUUUUUGCUAUAAGGACCGCUCGGGAAUAGAGCUUUAUGGAUGGAUGCGAAGAAUUGAAAUACAUAACAAAUUUAAAGCGCAAAUUGAUGUAAUAAACACAUAACACCCAUUAUAAGAAAGUAAAAAAAACUUAUCGACGAUUAAUGUAGUUUGACUCUAGUAUGUCCCCAGCGGAGUCGCCACUGUCGCAACCGCCCUUUGAGAUCGGAGGUACCGCUCGCAAUUGCUCGGAGUCGCCAUCGACCGCAGCUUGGGGUGGGUCGAACACCCAUUUUCGGUUUUGUUAUUUAGGUUAAAACCAGAAAUCUGGUCUGUGAAUUUUAGGUUUAUGGGUUCGAGAGUACGAUUACGUGUGGGGAAGUGUAUUCACACCCCACAACGCCCCAAAUGGGUACUACUUAAAUCGAUAAGUUUUUAAGAAUUGGGUAUAUUAUUAUUUGCGGCUUUCUUGAUGUAUUUAAUCAAAGGAUUCAAUUAAAUUGACAUUUAUCGAUAUAUGAUUCGAUCAUAUAUCUAUUGACGUAAAUCUUGAAGAAAAUAAGUGUUAUUGAUUAGUUGGACUCGAACCUAUUGGUUGCCUACAUACCCGAGUAGUCGGGAUCAAAGUCCACGUAGUUCGGUCAAAUUGAGUUAUUAAAAUGUUGUUAAAUAGAUCUAAACACGUCUCUAUUGAUACGCGUUUAAGGCUUGAGAUUGAGUAUUUGUGAAUAUGUACUUUGAUGUUUUUAGCAAUAUUUGAAAGAGUUUGUUUUUAAGUAAAAGGUCUAUUGACCAUGAUUUGUAUUAACGAUCUUUGCAAAAUGAUUUCAAAUGCAGACGAGUAAUUUAAUAAUAAUUAGAAGGCAAGGUAUUAAAAAAUUUAUCGUGGUUAGAACGAAUUUCCAAGAGAUAACAGAAGUAAUUUAUUUGUAAGUUACGUAUUAAGUUUAGUUAAAAUUAAUCGAGAUUAACACAUUGAUAUGUGGCGGACUAUCAGCCUAUUGGUUUAAAUUGUUGACCAGACUUUUGGUUGACAUUUGGGUCAUGGGUUCAUUGGUUUAAAUUGUUGACCAGACUUUUCGUUGACAUUUGGGUCACGGGUUCGAAUCCCAGGUAGAGUCAAUUUUUGGUCGUUUUAAACCCUAUUAACGGCGUCGUUUAAGUUUAAAACAAUUUCUUUAACCCUGGAGUCAUAUAACACACGAAACCCUAAUCAUCCUAAGCUAAGCGCCGCUCACCCCUCUGUCUCCUUUCUCGUUUCUCUCUUAUUCCUGCCCGAAAAAGGAAGGAAGAAAACAGAGCAAAUCAAUUCAAUCUACCACCUCACUCUCCCAAUCUUCUAAUCAUUCCCUAUCUCGAUAGGCCCUGUUCUUCCCUAGCUAGAGUCGAUUUGUUCUCUUCUUUCUCCUUUUAUGGUGAUGGCGAGAAGAAAGGAACGUCGGCGAUUGAGGAUGGCGGUGACGAAGGUGGUUGGCGCCGGCGAUGAUGAGGACGGCGGCGGUGAAGGGCAGAGGGUUCUGGAGGACGGGGAGGAUCAACGAGCUGGAGCAAUUGCUGGCAGGCUCGAGAAACCUCGGGGGGCGGUGGUGACUCGUGGUUCCGGUUUUGGGUCUCGUGUAAAGAGAGGAGUAACGAGCCGAGCAGCCGCCGACCGUCCCGGAUCCCGUCGGCGGUGACGAAACUAGGACAUGUGAGACUUUAAGCGCCGCCAGCGGCGGUUAGUCGUUCCACCGACGAGGGGUACUGGUAAGUUUCGAUUAUGGGUUAUUCUGUCUCUUUUAUGUUCCAUUAUAUGGGUUUUAAUUAUUUUCUAUUGCUUUCUUUUUGUUGGUUACGGACGAAGACAAGGGAAAAUGGAGACCGCUGACAACUCUGGACUGUAUCAGCGGUGAGGGAGGUCAGCUGGCCAGCUCGUCCAUCUCGCUGGCGACGAGGGCAGAUGGAAGCAGAAGGUAAAUUCGUUUGGUUUAGGAUUUGGUGAUCUGUGUUUUAAUGGUUGGUUUACUCAUGUUAAUUGGUUUGUGGUGAUUGUGAUUCUGAGUUUUAUGCUUGAUUAUUAGAGACUUUUGAUGAGAAGAAAUUGUGAGGUUUCGGUUUAGUUGAUACCUCAAAUCUAGAAUUAAAAGUAGAUUAAUUUAUGUGUUUAGUUGUAAGAUGAUGGAAAUUUGGGUUGUUUAUAUCGGUAUUGAAACUGGGGAUUUGUAUGUAUGACUGGGUUUUAAGACUAAGCUUAUGUGUUUAUGUGAUGUAUUGGGAAAUCUGUUCUGGGUUUUUUUUAUGUAACCUGUGUAUGGGUUUAGAAAUGGGAGUUUGUUUGUAAUCUGGAAUUAAGUGAUAUUUGCUGUGAUUUUACAUUCUGCAAAGUCUGUGGGUUAUGAUAAUGGUGGUCGAAUGGUAUGCUUGGGGGUUUCGAUGGCUUAAAGGUGUUAAAAUUAUAGGUUUAAAAUGGGGUUUUGGGACCUUGAGUUUUUUACGGUUACUGGUAUUAUGGAACCAGUGGUAUUUCUGAAGUACUUACUGCUGGAAGUUUGUGUUUUUGCGAGUUUAGAGAGUCUGUAUGUUUGUUUAUGAUUGUUUUUCUAUUGAAAAUAAGUUUAGAUUAGUUUUUUUGUGAGAUUUAACAUACAAAGUUCAUCUAAAUAAGAGGAAUAAUAGCAAGAAGAUGAAUAAUGAACAUAUCUGAGUUUUGUCAUGGUUUUGAAACAUGUACAAGUUUAGAUAAUUUGGGUUAGUUAAUAAAGAGUAGCUAAAGUCAGCUAAAAGAAAAAUAAGAAUCAGAGUAGAACCUCAUAAAGUCAAGAGAUGAAGAAUAAUAGUCUAAGUAUGGAUGUGGAGAUAGAUGUAUGAGAAUGAUCAUCAUGAUAGGGGAAUAGUGACCUGGUUUAUGCUGGUCUGAUCUGUGUUUGGGUCUCUUGCUCCCUUCCGUUGUUUGCUUCUACUUAGUUUCUCUUGUGCCUUUUGCUGAGCUGGACCCUCAAACUCUGAUCCCUUCCCAUUUUCGGUGGAAUCUUUGCUGCUUCCUUCCUUUUUGUCAGUUUUUUGGUUGCUAGGACUGUGUUUCUAUUGUUGUUAUUGUGUAUGUUUUGGUAUGUUCCAAAAGAAGAAGGAAACUGUGAUUUUUCAAGGGUUUGUUCCCUCUUUUUCAGAGUGGUUCACAAGAAGGGGGGAACUAGAGUAUUUUGCUGAGAUUUAUUUGAUCUUUCUUUCUGUCUAUUUUCGGUUUUAGUUGAAUGUUUGAGGAAAGGGAAGUUUUAAAGAGUUUUUGUUGUCUCUGUUUUCAGGGGAAGAAGAGGAGGAAGAAGAAGAAAGUGUUAUCCAUGUCGGAAGAAGAAGAAGCAGCAGGGGAUCUUUCCCCUUUCUCUCGUCUGUGUGUGUGUUGUAGGGGAAAGUAGAAAGAGAAGAAGAGUCACACUUCUCCUUAAAUUUUUGGUUCUCUCUGUAUAAGAAAGAAAGAAGAAGAGUCAGCAGAUGCGUGGGGAAGAAGAAAAGGCCCACCUCUGUUGUUGGCGAAAAAUCAAGCCGCCCCUAGAAUAAUCAGCCCCCACUCCCCUUUUAUAAUACAAAAAUCCACCGUAGCUUAGGUUUCUGUCAUCACUUGAUUGGCUGUUAGGGUAGUAGACUUUGUGUAUUUUUCUGAUUGGUUGAUAAUUGGGCUGGGCUUGGUCUGGUCGAACCGGUUUGGUUUUGCCUAGAUUGGGCCUAGUUCGAAUUUGGGUUGGCCUGGUUUUAGACUUUUUGGGCUCUGAGUUCUGUUGACUUGGGCAUGGGUCAGAAUUGAUUGGGCUUGACUUUAUUGACUAGGUUUAACCCGAAUUGACUUUUGUGACUUGGUUUUGGGUUUUGACUCGGGCCCUUUUAUUUUGUCCCAUAACUGAUUGUAAUCAAUUAUAACCGUAAAU